UCACUUCCGUUUUGACAUCUGGCGGGAUUUAUUCACAUGGUAGUUUGAGGGCUCGUUUAUCAGCGUGUUUACAGACUUUAGCGCGCUAAAUAAAACAUGAUGGCUACAAACGGAAAGGACGCCUGUGGGUUAAAAGGCGAGCAGUCAUCUGUGUCUUUAAAUGGCAGCAGCGACUCUUUUACUAACAAGUCGAAGUCUUCGGUGGUAAACGGAGCAGCAGCGGAGGCACCGUGUCACUCAAAGCUCCAGAACGGAGGAACCGGGCCGGAGAGGUUCUCCUUCAGCUCCGAGCCCACCGUGGAGGACAUCAGGCGGAUGCAGGCGGAGUUCACGGACGAACGGGACUGGAACCAGUUCCACCAGCCCCGCAACCUGCUCCUGGCCCUGGUGGGCGAGGUGGGCGAGGUGUCGGAGCUCUUCCAGUGGCGCGGGGAGGUGGCCGAGGGUCUGCCCGACUGGACCGAGUCGGAACGAGAGCAGCUGGGACAGGAGCUCAGCGACGUGAUGAUCUACCUGGUGGAGCUCGCAGAGAAGUGUCGGGUUGAUCUUCCACAAGCGGUGCUUCGGAAAAUGGCCCUGAACCGGCUGAAAUACCCCGCCAGCAAGGUGCACGGGUCGGCCAAAAAGUACACCGAGUACAAGGACUGAGUUUGGGGGUUGAGAUGUCGAUAAGGGGACGUUGGAUGCUACUACUGAACAUUUUAUCCCUGGGUUCAAAUGGGUUAACUUGUUACAAAACUAUAUGAAUGCUCUUAACUUGAGCGUAUUUUCUGUGACACACAUUUGUGAUCAUGUUGCCUAUAUGCAAAGUCCUCUUUCCUACGCAGAGCCCUGGAGCAAUACUAUAUGCUGGAUUUUAUUGAGUUUAACUUUUAAAUUCUGUUGUUGCCUGAGUGAAUUUGAGGCAGUGCAUGCUCUGCAGAAAAUGUUACUGUUGUGCAGUGCCUUUUGGGAGUUUUUAGACUUUAUAUUCCCUGAACAUUUUUUACAAAAUACAGCUUGGCUCCAGUUUAGAAGUGUGAAUUAGAAAGUUGGACUAAAGGCAGAUGGUUAUUGUCCUGACCAUCCCUGAUAAACGAAUAAUUGUUUUUGUGAUUAUUAGGUUUUUGAAUUAUCCUCCUUUCCCCAUCAGGGUUUAAUCAGCUACUCUGAUUUGUUCACAUCACAACUGUCACAUUUUUUUCUGAAGUAAAAGUUGCUUUAUUUCUCUACUGUCUAUUUUUCAGUCAUUCAGUCAGAAGUGGCUGUGAUGGGAGCUGUUGCCUGUUUGCUGUCUACAUGCAUGUUAGGAGUACACAAGCGUUUUGAAGUAACCUUUCACAUAUUUGCCGCCUAAUUAGAUAGACCUAACUGUGACUAAUGGUCUAAUGAUAGGAAAGCCCUGAGGUAAAUCCUAAUUUGAUGAAAGCUAU